UUUGGCUAUGUGUACAAGAUGGCGGCGCCCAUGCUUUGCGCGAGCUGAUACAAAACUGCGAUGCGCUUUCGAUAACAAUCGUCACAGUUGGUCUUUAUUUAAAUGACGUACGCUUGCAAAACAUCGCUCAUUGUUCGGACAGGUCUCGCAGCUGGGCCACGCGCCCGAUCGCGCUCCGUGAUAAUCGGCUGAAACGUGGGACUGUGUCCGACGCCGCACACAUCGGCGAUGCCCGAGAUUUGCCCGAGCGGUUUCGUCGAAGACAUCGAGGACGUCGUCCGAUCGGCCGAAGAUGUCGUCUCUCCGACAGCACGUCGAGAGGUGGUCCCUCGCGUCAGGAGGCGAAAGGGCCAGCCUGAAGCCUGCGGCGACAGUUUCCUGCCUGGCACCCACAAGAUUCACGUGAAGACAUGGGGCUGUGCCCACAACAGUUCGGACAGCGAGUACAUGGCCGGACAGCUGGCAGCCAAGGGAUACACUAUCGUUGACGAUGCGAACAGUGCUGACCUGUGGCUGCUCAACAGCUGCACGGUGAAGAACCCUGCCGAGGACCACUUUCGCACCGCCAUCGAAGGGGGCCUGCACCAGGGCAAGAGGGUUGUGGUGGCCGGAUGCGUCGCCCAGGCUACCCCCAAUGUGGGCUACCUCCGCGGUCUCAGCAUUGUGGGAGUCCAGCAGACUGAUCGUGUCGUGGAAGUAGUCGAGGAGACUCUCAAAGGCAACUCUGUGCGGCUUCUAGGUUCCAAGAAGGAGGGCCGACGGAAAGCUGGCGGUGCCCCGCUGACCCUGCCAAAGAUUCGACGCAACCCUCUCAUCGAGAUUAUAGCCAUCAACACGGGCUGCCUCAACCGCUGCACGUACUGCAAAACCAAGCACGCCCGCGGGGACCUGGGCAGCUAUCCGAUCGAUGAACUUGUGGCACGGGCCAGGCAGGCAUUUGAAGAGGGCGUGCGUGAGAUUUGGCUGACCUCUGAGGACACAGGGGCUUACGGUCGGGACAUCGGGGUCACGUUGCCCGACCUGCUGCGGGAGAUGGUGGAGGUCAUUCCCGAGGGCUGCAUGCUGCGGCUUGGCAUGACCAACCCACCAUACAUUCUCGACCACCUGGAGGACAUGGCCGAAAUCUUGAACCACCCUCGCGUCUACUCCUUCCUGCACGUCCCAGUGCAAUCUGGGAGUGACCCGGUGCUGACUGAAAUGCGUCGAGAGUACACCAUUGCGCAGUUCCGCAGCGUAGUGGAUCACCUGCGGAAAGCUGUUUCAGGAAUCACAAUUGCUACAGACAUCAUAUGCGGCUUUCCCACAGAAACUGAAGAAGAUUUCGAGGAAACGAUGCAGCUUGUCCGAGACUAUCAGUUCCCAUCGCUCUUCAUCAACCAGUUCUACCCAAGGCCCGGCACCCCUGCGGCCAACAUGAAACGAAUUCCUACGCACAUUGUUAAGGAGAGGACUAAACGACUGUCAGAACUGUUCCAGUCAUACAUGCCCUACAGCCAUCGAGUUGGCGAGCGACAUAUGGUCCUCGUGACCGACGUGGCCCAUGACCAGAAGCACCUAGUCGGUCACAACAAGUUCUACGAGCAGAUCUUGCUUCCCAUGGAUGACCAGUACAUGGGGAAGUUAGUCGACGUCGAGAUCACCAGUGUGGGAAAGCACUUCAUGCACUGCAACGUCAUCGGGAUCAACACGUCAAUGGACCGAACACUUCCUAAGCCACUCCCCAAAGGUCAGGUCUCGGGCGUCAAGCCAAGCCAAGCUGCCAUCCAAAGCAAGCAAGCACAAAGAUCGUAUGGGGCGAGCUCGGAACACUACUUGACCGUUAUUGUGACAGCCAUGUUAGUAGCCAUUGUUGGCGUUGUCUUAGAAUUCUCUAUAGGCACAAAAAUGCUUGUUUUCAAAUAAAAGCAAGACGCAUGGUUGUUCAUAGCAGCACCAUUGGUCGUUGCUGGUUGUAUCAUAUUAGAGGAUUACCGACACGAACAUUCUCUAUCCACUUUUUUGCUUUUUUUACAAAACUGUAGACUUAAUAACAGCAGUGUGAAGACACAGUUGUUUGAAAGUGCCACAUAUAAGCAAUUAUAAAUUUCAGUUGACCAGUUCAAAACGUGCGCCAAGUGCACGGCAGCUUUAGACAUGAAGCAGAAGACUAUCCACGUCGUUGAAACUGAAGGUAAUGGUCACAUGGCAAGACAAAUACUCAUAGGUGCAACAUACGAGACUCAUACGUGUGCCAGUUAACUUGGUGCAGUGGUUGUGGUUGAAGGCCAUACAAUAACAGUGUUGCCUAAGGCUGCUAAAGUGACCUUACCAAGUGUGCGAGUCUCUUGGAAAUGCAUAGAAACCAUAGAGUGCUGAAAAGAUUCCACUUUCAGUAGCACUGUCACAGUAUGUGUUUACACAUCUACUUUGGUUUAGGUGCACAGCGAAGAACCCCAGGUGGCUCUCACAAUCAUAUUGUGGUUUUGUCACAUAAAACCUAGAAUUUAUUUUAUUUGCAUAUGCGGCUUCACAUCCGAAGCUACGCUGAACUUGGCACGUGUUUUAAACUGGUCGCAUUAUAAGGUAUCGUAAUAACUCGCAUUUGUUGUGCUCUCUAGAAACUGAACUGCCACAACGUAACUGCUUGAUCAAGAGCUACACAAUUAAAGCAGUAAAAGUGAGACAAAAAAUGUUUGUGUCAGUACUCCUUUAGAGAGGCAUUAAAAAUAAUAAAAAAUAAAGUGAUUGCCUUCA